AUGUCAUUCGUACGCGAAUCAUACUUCUCGGAACAACUAGAUCCUAAAGAAUAUGAAAAUCUCGAAGAUCUUACAAUUGUUUGGUUUGAUAAGACCGUUAAUCAAUCGGAUGAUUGUAUUCAAUUUCAAUCACGCUUACGCCAUAUAAUUAAUUAUCUUGUAGUUUUUGAUGACUUCACUGAAUGUGAAAAUUAUCUAUUAUUAGUAGAGCAAGAAAAAAUUUUUCUCAUUGUAUCUGGAACUAACGGUGAAUCAUUGAUUAGUAAAAUUCAUCAUUUAUCGAAAAUUAAUUCUAUUUAUGUAUUUUGUUUUAAAGUAAGUCAUCAUGAAGAAUGGACAAAAAAUUAUGAUAAAAUUCGUGGUAUAUAUGAUAAUAAGGAUGAAUUAUUAAGAAUACUGACAGAAAAUGCACGCGUAUGUUUAUUAGAAAUAUUACCAAUGAGAGCAUUAGGAAUAAAAGCAAUGCAAAAAACCAUUAAAGAACUUAAUGAAGAAGGGGGAUUAUUUAUUUGGUCACAUUUUUUAAUUUAUAUCUUAUGUAAUAUGCAGCAUGACGAUAGUGCUAAGAAAAAUUUAUUAGAUAUAUCCCGACAACAAUACAUUGGUAAUAAUGAAGAAUUAUCAAAAAUUGCUGAUUUUGAAGCGAAUUAUACUGCUGAUAAAGCAAUUUGGUGGUAUACAAGAAAUUCAUUUCUUUAUCGACUACUAAAUAGAGCUUUGCGAACUGAAAAUUUCGAUGUUAUUUACAAAUUUCGUUCAUUUAUUGCUGAUCUGCAUCAACAACUCAAAAGAAUGCAUCCAGCAUAUGUUGAUAGAAUAUUUUCAUCUGAAGAUACGCAAAUAUUUUAUGUCUAUCGUGGACAACGUUUAUUCAGCAAGGAUUUUGAAAAACUAAAACAAAAUAUAAAUGGAUUCGUUUCAAUGAACACAUUUUUAUCAACAACAACUCAAUCCAGUGUUGCUUUAAUCUAUAGUGGUAAUGGUGAAGGUAGACCAUUAUUUGAAUCAGUUUUAUUUGAAAUCGAAAUAGAACAACCGUAUUCAACAGAACCAUUUACUGAUAUAUGUCCAGUAAGUUUUUUCAAAAAUGAACAUGAAGUUCUUUUUACAAUUGGAUGUAUUUUUCGAAUUAACUCAAUAUACGAUUUAACUUCAACUAUUUGGAUUAUUAAUUUAUCAUUAGUUACAUAUAAUGAUAAAGAUGUGGGUAGAUUGUCACAGUUUCUAAGAGAAUCUGUGAAUUUGAAACCUACAUUUAAAGAUUUGAUUUAUAUUUUUUUACACAUGCAUGAUUACCAGCGAGUCGUACGUUAUAGUAAGAUAUUACUAGAACAAUCAUCGAUUACAGAUGACGAUCGUGUAGAUAUUUAUCUGACGUUAGGAGACGCUGAAUUACAUAUCAAUGGUGAUUUUAUUAAAGCAGAGAAGUGCUUUAUGGAUGUUCAACAAAUAGCAUUGGCAACAUCACCAUGCAAUUAUCAUAUUCUUGUACUUUUCUAUGAAAGUAUGGCGUUACUGCAGAUCGAAAAAAAUAAUUAUACUAUUGCAUUAGAAUUACUUUCUAAAGUUCUGGAUAUAGCAUUGGAUUAUUCAUUUGAAUCGAAUAUAAUUAUUCGUACAUAUUCUAAUUUAGGAUUGGUAUAUCGAAAAAUAUUGAAUUUUGAUCGUGCAUGUGAAAACUAUGAGCUAGCAUUAAAUAUUAUAACACAAUCAAAUACACUACCUAAACUGCAUCCGCUUCAUCCUGUCAUACACAAUAAUCUCGCUUACACUAAACAGCUACAAAAUGACUAUGACGAAGCCUUGAAGCAUUAUGAUCUGGCCCUUGAAAUAGAACGAAAAUCAUUACCAUCAAUCCAUUCUAUUACAGCAACAACAUUGUGUAAUAUAGGACUACUAUAUACGAUGAAACGUGAAAAUGAAAAAGCGUUGGAUACGUAUCAAAAAGUUCUUGUUAUGGUCAAUGAAAUCUUCGGUGACGAUCAUCCCCGUUUAGGAGUAGUAUUUCAUAAUCUUGGAGAUUUGUUUUUAAGAACAGGGCAAUAUGAACAAGCUAAAGAGUAUUUGAAUAAAGCCCUAAAAAUUCGAUUAAAUAGUCCAGACGUUGAUGCUGAUGAUCGUGCUGCAACUUUUACUAGUCUCGGUUUGGUAAAUUUACGACUGGGUUCAUUCAAUAAAAGUCUUUACUAUUGUUUUCAAGCAUUAUAUAUUCGAUCGAAAAUUCCAGAAACAGCGACAAACAAUAUUUUCGAUACUUACAGCGUAUUAGCCAGAUAUUAUCUGUCUAAAAGUGAUUAUUGUCAAGCAUUACGUUAUUGUGAACUAGCGCAAUACCGAUGUCCAUACAAGUCUAUUAAAUUAGUUUCAGUUCAUCAAGUGUUUGGUGAUGUAUUGUAUCAGAUGGAACAAUUCGACGAAGCGAUUUCACAUUAUCAAACAUCGAUUGAUAUACAAUUACAGUUAGCAGGUCGAAAUAAUGUUUGUCUUGCUGAAUUAUACCUAAGUAUUGGUAUAGUAUACGGAAGCAAGGAAGAAAUCAAUGAAGCGCUAAAGUGCUUUGUAAAAGGACGCAGUUUAGCAUUCGAAGAUUCAAGCCUAAUGGCAAAUUUACAUCAAGCAACAGCAGAUAUUUAUCUCGAGUUAAAACAAUUUGACAAAGUGGUAGAGCAUUUAGAUCAAGUGAAAAUGCACUGUGAUAAACUAGCUCUUAAUAAAAGUAUUCCUGUUGCAAAAAUGUCACGCACAAUUGGUAUUCUAAACUUAAAAAAGGGCAAUUUCGAUGAUGCUAGAACAAAUUUAAUGGAAGCGCUAAUGAUUUUUGAAAAAGAAUCAUCAGAAUUUCAAUUAAUUAUCGCCGAUACUUAUUUGCACCUCGGCUGUGCAUGCGAAAAACUGAACAAAAUUGAUCAAGCUCUUGAAAUAUUUGAGAAAGUCAAAACAAUGAAUUCGAUUAUCUAUCCGAAGAAUCAUUCUUAUAUGGCUGGUAUUUAUCAUCGACUUAGCGUUCUCUUACUAGACAAGAAUUUAUUGCAAGAAUCUUUAACAAACGCUGAACAUGCAUUAGAGGCAGCAAAAAGUUCAUAUUCAAUAAACUAUAAUGAAUUGGCUCGUAUUCAUGAUACUCUCACAAGGAUUCAUUUAAAAAGAAAAGAUUUUGCCCGCGCGCACUUAGAAAUUCAGAAUGGUUUUGCUACACGACAAAUGCGUUGUCCAAAUGACUUACCGUUAUCUCAGAUCCAUUUAGCCAAUGCAUAUACUCAUGAAAAUCGUACAAAAGAAGCAAUUGAUCUCUUAAACGACAUUCAUGAGGAUCAGCUGUUAUCUGUUCAUCAUUACACUUCAGCACAAUUAAGCAAGGAUAUGGCCGCAGCUUAUUACAAUUUAAAACAAUAUGAAUCAGCUCUACGAAUACUUCAGUUUACAUUAAGUCAUAUUACUGAUGGUGAACAUUACUUAGAAGCUGAAGCUCAUUUCUUGAUGGGAACCAUUUGCUGGAAACUUGGUGAUAAGCCUCAAACACUUGAACAUCUUCAACAAGCUUUAAUAGUGUUAGACAAAAAGAAUACCCAGGUCGUUCAUGCCCGGCCGUAA